AUGCCUGCCUGCCAGAAGACCAUCGACGUCGUGCACAUCACUCUCCUCGUCGCGCUCAGCGUGAUCGCGGGCCACCUCACGCUCGUCAAUCUUCCCCCUCGCGCCAAGUGGAUCCUCUUUGGUGCCUCGCUCACCUUUGUCCUGGCCCUCGGCGGUUUUGUCGUGCGCAAGCUGUGGCGCAAGGGCUCGGCCUGCCCCGUGUAG